GGAAUUCGAAUGGAGGUCGCCGCGCAAGGGAUGAUCCGACCCUGCGCGAGCUCCAUCGACCCUCAAACCAUUACUGUUCUUCCUACGACAGUGCGCGACAAGAAUCCGCGAGUGCUGCCUACGCCAAUGCGUUAUUGCAUCCAUUACUCUUAUAGUUUUAGAAGUAUAGAAAAAGUAUUUGGAUCUCGUUACCCUUUUUCGAGUGACUUCCUGUUUUUUUUUUAAGGGAUCAUCUCCGAGGGAGAACCGAAUCUCGAUAGUCUUACUGUUCCUCGAAUUCUGGUGGCUUGGAUCGUUUUGUUAUUUGAAAAAUAGGGACUGAUCGUUCCUCAUAUAUUAUUUGGAGAUCUUUCAUUGGUCCUCGGGAAUUCUGAAAUAACGUGCAGAAGGUAUAAUAACUUUAGGAAGUAUAUACCAGAGUGUUUUGGGAAUGAAAAUAUACUGUUCAAAAAUUUUCUUGCGCCCAAGGCUUGUCGUUCAUGGAAAAAUUUGAUGAAUAGUUAUUAACUAAUAUUUGUCAGUCUUCAGAAAACUGAAGCUUUAGCACUAGUUACUUUAUCAUUAUAUAAUACGUGGUUAGAACUUUGGUAUACGGUGGUGGCUCCCUAGUACAUUCAUAAAAUUUUGAAUAAUUCAUCCACACCGUCUGGAUGGUUCUUCGUGGUUUACUCGCCCCGGCGGCAGCGAGAUGGACACGUGGUAAAGGUAUAAAAAGGAGUCACGAGGGUGGAGGCGUAGCAGUUGGACGGCUUGGGCUGUCACGUUAUGGACCGCAGGUGAUGAGUGUCCUGUGUUUACGCAGUUCCUUGCCCCAGUCCAAUCCCAACGCACGCACCGGUAGCACCGGAAGUAACGUGAACGGUGCUGCACUUGACUCCCUUGAGGAAGAGGAAGAGCAGGCGCUAUCCUCAAAGAAAGACAUAUCCACCGACGAGCUGGCUCUACUGGCUAAGCUGGAAGAAGCCAAUAGGCUCAUUGAAUCCGAUGCCAAGUCUCUGAACUCGCUGCAGAGCAAUCACAGCAGAAAGGGAUCAGACACAUCGCAGGUCUCUCUGGCGUCGGGGGGCAGUGGCGACGCUGCACCCCGACGCCAUACGCCUACCGAUGGCGAGGAGAACACCUGGACGCUCUGGGGGCACAUUGUCAACGAUUGGGAUAAUUAUUGGAAAAAGAAAAAAGACUUUGUUAAGGAAUUAGUACGGCAGGGUAUACCCCAUCACUUUAGAGGAAUAGUAUGGCAGCUACUUUGCGGAGCUCACGAUUCACCUGUGAAGAAACAGUUUGCAGAAUACAUCAAAGCCACUUCCGCCUGCGAGAGAGUAAUCAAGCGGGACAUUGCCAGGACCUACCCUGAACAUGAUUUUUUUAAGGAGAAGGGCGGUCUGGGUCAGGAGAGUUUGUUUAACGUGAUGAAGGCUUACAGUUUACAUGACAGAGAAGUGGGAUAUUGUCAGGGUUCAGGAUUUAUCGUUGGUUUGCUUUUGAUGCAGCAAAUGCCGGAAGAGGAAGCCUUCGCUGUUCUUGUCGCACUGAUGCAGGAGUAUCGACUGCGCGACAUGUUCAAACCAAGUAUGGCUGAAUUAGGAGUCUGCAUGUAUCAACUGGAGCAUCUUGUAGCAGACACACAUCCUGAGCUACAUGCACAUUUCACUGCUCAGAGUUUUCAUACUUCUAUGUACGCCUCUUCCUGGUUCCUUACUCUCUUUACAACAGCACUUAGUCUGCCCUUAGCUUGUCGCAUUUUCGACGUCUUUCUCUCAGAAGGAAUGGAAGUUAUUUUCAAAGUCGCUCUGGCGAUGCUUCACUUAGGCAAAGAAGACUUACUCAGCCUCGACAUGGAGGGUAUGCUUAAAUUUUUCCAGAAAGAAUUGCCUGGCAGGGCGGAAGCUGAUCCGGACGGCUUGAUGAACCUUGCGUAUAGUAUGAAGAUCAAUCCAAAACGUAUGAAGAAAUUAGAGAAAGAUUAUACGGUUCUGAAAAUGAAAGAACAAGAAGAGAUGGUUGAGCUGAGGAGGCUCAGAGCUGAAAAUCGAUUAUUGAGACAGAGGACUGAACUCCUGGAGGCUGAGUCUGCCGAGCUGGCCGAUCGGUUAGUGAGAGGUCAAGUUUCUCGUGCUGAAGAGGAAGAAACGGCAUUCGUAGUACAGCGUGAAUUAGCAGCGCUUCGACACACUCAUUUAGAAACGAGUCAUCAGCUGGAACAAGCACACGAAGAGCUCAGAUCAUUGUCAAUCCUGCUGGAAGAGAAUCUAACAUCCAAGCAAUCGUCUCUUGACGAGAUAUCCCUAAAACAGGAGGCUCUCUGUCAGAAGGAAGAGAUGGUGCAGUGUCUUCAGGAGGAAUUGGUAAAAGUGAGACUCCACGAGGCUGAAAAUGAUGCGACUAUCCGUGAUCUGAAAGCCAGAAUCCAGGAACUAGAGCAGGACAAGAAAACCCUUAGAGAAUCUACACCCGAUAAUUCGGUAGCACAUCUUCAGGAGGAACUCAUCGCCGUCAAGCUUAGAGAAGCUGAGGCUAACUUAUCUCUAAAGGAUCUCAGACAAAGGGUCGGUGAGCUCAGUGGAUCCUGGCAAAGACAUCUUCAGGAGCAUCGUGCUUCUCAGCCCGCGCCAGCUCCGGAUUCUACCCCCAAGAAGCUCCUCUUUUGGGAAAAUCGUGGUCAUGAAGUUCAAAAACUAGAAGAAGAUCUCAUGACGACAAGGAUCCGAGAAAUGGAAGCUCUUACCGAGGUUAAGGAACUUCGGCUGAAGGUUAUGGAGCUGGAGACGCAGGUUCAGGUCGCCACUAAUCAGCUACGCAGACAAGACGAGGGAGGACAAGUACUUAGGGAGGAAUUGGACGACGCCCUGGCCAGGGAGAAGGAAUUGAUAGCGAAAAUGCGCGAACAGCAACAUAAAUACUCGGACCUGGAGUCAAAAAUGAAAGAUGAAACGAUGAUGGCGAGAAUACGUGAUGCUGAACAUGCCCAACAAGUCGCCGAACUCACGCAAAGGAUUUCUCUGCUUGAGCUGAAGAACGAAGAAAUGUACACAGAGGGCGAGCUCAGGAACAACUUGGACGACAGUGACAGGGUGCGUGAACUUCAAGACAAGGUGGCCGAUUUAAAAGCCGAGGUCAUGAGGCUAGAGAGCUGGAAGCAACGUUGGACCGGCACUGGAGGGCAGCAGGCUGCAAGGAGUUUCAGUGUCGACACCGAGAGUGAAUUGGACGAGAGGGAUUUGAGAAUCUGCCUGCAGGAUCACAUAAGCACCACACAGACGCCAAGUCCACCGGAUGCUUAAGAACCGGAAGAGAUUGACUCAUUCCAUCAGGCAGUUUCAUAAGAGAUUGGAAAUACUCUGUUUAUUUCAUGACUCCUGUCACCGCAGACGUGAUUUGGACUCUGUGGUGGAGGUUGGCACUUCCUCAUACGGAAGGCUCUAGGGACGAGUAUAUGUAUCGACGUUAGCAAUUAAGUCGACCCCCCCCCAUCCUGCUCCUUCAUUAUCCCUCCUCCUUUUCCACUUCUUUAUCCCCUUUGACCUUCUUGGGGGGGUAGUCUAAGUUCGCCGAGACCAUUUACCAAUCGUUUCUAAAGCCCUUUCCUGUGACUUCGUUUAUACUUACUUACCAGCACUGCAUUCCGCCCAAGUGCGGUAAAGACGCGACGAUGGGAUUAAUUAAUGUUAGAUUUAUAGAAUUAAAUAUUACUUGUUUAGGUAGAUCGGUUUCCUAGUGAUUUUUAACGAUAGUGUGUGUAUAUAUAUAUGUUUAUAUACACAUAUUUGUAACGACAGGCGGUUACUGUCCUUGCAAUCAGAUAUCGUUCGUCUUACUGAACCGUAAAGUAGAAUUACGUUGAGUUUGAUAUUCGGUGGAUCAUCAUCUCACGGUGGACUCGUUUAUUCUUUCGUACAGCAGGACUUAUUCUAUUGUUUGACUUUUUCUUUAUUUAUCUCUUCAAACGGUAUACUGGGACUACAUCGGUUUUAUAUUUUGUUUCCGUCCUCUUAUGUUGGUUAUUAUUUCUAUGACUAUACUUUUCAUGGACAACGAAGAGUCGCACCGCGAAACGAUUCGUGAAUUAUUAUUACUCUUGCGCUUAGACGAGUAUUAUUCUUGCCUCUGAGUUUUAUGGAGGCGAUCGUCAGUAGGUAACUGAUUUUUUUUUUUAACUGUUGAGCAUUUUCAAUAAUCACCUGUUUAAAAUUCAUCAAUUUUCAUUUCAGUAUUAAGCGGACACGCCGGAGAGCAUAAAAUUAUAACUGACAGACUACUAUGUGUUCGAGUCGCGAUAUAGCCAUAAUAUCAAUACGAGGAAGCAUUUUGUGAAGAGUUUCGUGACUUUCUUUGCUUUUUUUUUCACUUUCUUUCGAUUUUCUAUUUUCAAUUACUGAGAUACUUAUUAUUCUUAAUUUUACUUAUUUUUUUUAGAGAGAAAAGUGAAUUAUGAUAUAUAUAGAUAGAUAUAUAUAUAUAGGGGAAAAAGAAGGGAGGCAGUAAAUAAAAUUUUUAGAUGACAACAAUCUGGUCACAGUUUUGUAUCAAAGGAAUAUGUGGACGAAAUGAAGAAGAAAAAAAAAUGAAAAAAAUAAAAUUGCAAUAUGCUCGCCUCGUUUCUCCGUUGCUGUUCAUUAGCUGAAAGCGUUUAUAGAAAAUUCUUGUGUCGUUAGGCUGAUAGACUUUGUAUUCGUAAAUUUAUAUAUGAAACGAAGAAGACGAAAAAACAAGGAAACAUUUUAUAUAUCGGUGUGACUUGCAUAGAUACAUAGAGUCAUGAUAGAAAAUUCAAGGGACUUUUUACCCUCAGUACUUCCUUUUCAGAGACAUUUAUUUUUCCUCCCGCAUAGGUGAACGCUGAUAGGACAAUGGCGAAAUGGCAAUAGGUCGGGUUUUUCCGAUCUCCAUUAAUUCUUUGUAAGCGGAGACCCAACGCGCUCGUCUUGAUUUAUUGGAAAUUCUAGAAGAACUCGACGCCAUUAUUUUCGUUGCAGCUAGGAUAAGCAGGCACGUACGUCGUUUCCUUAGACAUAUACUUUUUAAUAGAGAAAAUCUAAUAUUGGACAACAAAAUGAUUUUAUUUAUAUUUUGUUAUGCUAUACGAAUAUUGAGUGUAUAAUUAUCAAUAAAUCCUGCUGCAUAUUCA